AUUUUAUUUUACUUUUUAAAAUGAUAAAAUAUUAUUAAUUUUCAGUCUUACAUCUUUAGCGUAUCUUCACUGAUUUCUUGGAAACAAAUAGUAACAUUACAAACCUAACGACGCUCACGGUAACUGCCAUGACAAGGAAAGAAAAAUGCAGAUUGUACAAUUCUGCCAGAAAUCACAGCUGCAAACUGCACGGCAGGUACGUUACAGAGAGUGGGUGCGCCGUACGAGGGUUGCCAUCGAGGACGGAAACCCCCGUUUGCGUGAAGCAGGAAACACUUGGAAGCGUUUGAACGAUUUGUUAACCUCUGGGGGAUGGAAGAUUAUAUAAAAUGAAAAUCGGAGUUGGUACAUUUAGCUGUUCCUGCAGCCGUGAACGUUUGCGUUUGGGGCACGGGUUGAAUCCGCGCUGGAAAUACCCCCUGCAGCAUUUCCACGCUACCUGCCUCAUGGCAACCCCUCUUAAAGGCACAAGCACAAAAUGCGCCAAACGAGAAGCGCCUGGCAACACUACGGCACUGUCUAUCAUUUUAGGACUAACAUAUAGAUAUUCUUCUCUUGGUGACAGGCUAUUUCUUCCUCCACUGCAACAGGAUUGCACAAGUCUCCGGGAUGGGUGAUUGGCAUCGGAGGAGGCACGCAUCUUCAAAUAGCAAAUUCCAAAGCGCAGAUUUGAAUGAGUGGCUGGAUGAAUGCAUGAAUGCAUGAAUGAAAGAAGACAGAGCUGGAUACCCUCUGGCUGUAUGAUGCAUUUUACCUCCCUAUUAUAGGUCCCCUUUUAAGCACCAACAGGAAAACAGCCAUUACCCUUCAGUGCUUCAUCUGGAUGAAAAUAUGGACACCUUCAGAGGACGCAUUUUGAUUCAACAUGCCCAGGAACUAUGAGCAGCCUGGCCAGUCAGUAGGGAUGUUGGCCGCCGUGGAACAUGGUCCCAUCCUGUGCAGCGACUCCAACAUCCUCUGCCUCUCGUGGAAGGGCCGGGUCCCCAAGAGCGAGAAGGACAAGCCGGUGUGCCGGAGACGCUACUACGAGGAGGGCUGGCUCGCCACGGGGAACGGGAGAGGAGUCGUCGGGGUGACGUUCACUUCGAGUCACUGCAGGAGGGACAGAAGUACACCGCAGAGAAUCAAUUUUAACUUGCGAGGACACAACAGUGAGGUUGUCUUGGUGCGCUGGAAUGAGCCCUUCCAGAAACUGGCUACCUGUGAUAUGGAAGGAGGCAUCUUUGUAUGGAUCCAGUAUGAGGGAAGGUGGUCUGUGGAGUUAGUGAAUGACAGAGGAGCCCAGGUGAGUGAUUUUACUUGGUCACACGACGGCACCCAAGCACUCAUCGCUUACAGGGAUGGCUUUGUGUUAGUUGGCUCGGUCAGCGGGCAGAGACACUGGUCCUCAGAGAUCAACCUGGAGAGUCAGAUCACCUGUGGCAUCUGGACGCCUGAUGAUCAGCAGGUGUUGUUUGGAACAGCAGAUGGGCAGGUAAUAGUGAUGGACUGUCAUGGACGGAUGCUCGCUCACGUGCUGCUGCACGAGUCUGACGGCAUCGUCAGCAUGUCGUGGAACUGCCCCGACUUCCUGGUCGAGGACAGCACAGAGAGCGACACGGACUCCGAUGACAAUAUCCUGCCUUUAGUCCGAAGAGUCAAGCCUUUGUUGACAGUCACCUUCUUAUCAGGAGAUAUCAGUUUGAUGAACAACUAUGAUGAUCUUUCUCCGGCUAUUAUUCGUUCAGGACUGAAAGAUGUGGAAGCCCAGUGGUGCUCUCAGGGAGACCUCUUGGCUGUGGCUGGCAUGGAGAAACACGGGCUCCCAGCUGACACAGCCUGUGCAUCCAUCAUGAGGAAUGCUCUUGUUAAGUUCUACAAUGUACAAGGAGAGCACAUAUACACUCUGGAAACACCUGCACAGAGGCCCAUCACCACCAUCUGCUGGGGUCACAGAGACUCUCGCCUGUUCCUUGCAUGUGGAGCAGCUCUCUAUGUGGUGCGUGUGGAGCACAGAGUGGCCAGCCUCCAGCUCUUGUGCCAGCAGGGUAUUGCGAGCGCCCUGCGCGAAGAGAAGGACGUUGGGAAACUGAACAUGCCCUCGCUACUCUGCUCUUACGUUACCUCUGCUUUCAUACCGACCAUCAAGCCUCCAAUUCCUGACCCCAACAACAUCCGCGACUUUGUCAGCUACCCCACGUCCGGGAACGAGCGGCUGCACUGCACCAUGAAGCGAGCAGAGGAUAGUCCUGAGGCAGGCGGCCCCUGCUACACGCUGUACCUGGAGUAUCUUGGGGGGCUGGUGCCUAUUCUCAAGGGAAGGCGCAUCAGUAAGCUCAGGCCUGAGUUUGUCAUUAUGGAUCCAAAAACUGAAGGCAAGCCUGAGGACGUGUGUGUGAAUCCCAUGAUCUCCUACGCAGACAGCUGUAACUGCUCCGACUCCAGUGACAUUGACUUGAGUGACGAGUGGGUGGGGAAGAAGUCGCCAAAGUUAUCCCGCGGAAACAGGUUAAAUAUGGAUUCAAGAAAAUCCCCCAAACUUUCACGCGCCAAUCAAGAAGGGCAGCGGUCGCCACGGCUACCAACUAGAAAGCCUCUGGUUCGGUCACCCAGUCUGACACGCCGUGAGUUUACAAUGGAUGGAAACACAGAGCACAAUUACCUUGCACAAGUCACAUCUAACAUUUGGGGAACAAAGUUCAAAAUUGUAGGACUCGCCUCUUUCCUCCCAGCCAAUCUUGGUGCAGUGAUUUAUAAGACUAGUUUGCUUCAUCUGCAACCGAGGCAAAUGACCAUCUACCUUCCUGAAGUGCGAAAGAUUUCUCAUGACUUCAUGAGCCUGCCUGUGUUCAACCCCAAUGUGUUCAGUGAGGACGAAGAUGACCUACCAGUGAUGGGGCCAUCUGGAGUAGCCGGAGACAACCCACCUUGUACCGUCAAUAUUCCCAUUGCUCCCAUCCACAGCCCAGCUCAAGCCAUGUCUCCAACUCAAAGUAUUGGACUUGUUCAAUCCCUCCUGGCCAAUCAGAAUAUUCAGCUUGACGUACUAACCAAUCCGACAGCCACAGCCGCAGCAGCGGCUGCAGCGGCGGCUGCCUCAGUCUCGGUCCCCGUCCCUGAUCAUGGCCAAGAUGCUGUUGCGUCACCAUACCCUGUUCCAACUAGAUACUCAAAUCAUAGUCAGGGGAUUUUCAGUGGGUUAGACAUGGGUGCUCUUCUCCCUGGUACUCUGCCUCCCCCACCACCUCCUCACCAUCUACCGCCACAGCCUCACUCGCAGCGGGCUCACUCACAGCAGCCUCGCCAGCAGCCAUUGAAACAGUCCCAUACGGUGCAAACGCAGCAGCUGCAGCAGCAGCAGCAACAACAGAAGAUGCAUCAUCAACUGCAACAGCAGCAACUACAGCACCAUCCGUCCCAGUCACAACAGCAGCAACACCACCAUCAGUCCCAGACACAACAACAGCAGCAACACCACCAUCAGUCCCAGACACAACAACAGCAGCAACACCACCAUCAGUCCCAGACACAACAACAGCAGCAACACCACCAUCAGUCCCAGACACAACAGCAGCAGCAGCAACAACAACAGCCACAACAUCAACAGCUGCAGCAGCUGCAUCACCCACAGAAUCUACAUCAACAGACCCAACAUCAUCAACACCAGGCUCAACAGCACCCGCCAAUGCAACAGACCCAACAGCAGGCGGCAUCUCAGCAGUUCCAACAACAGCAGCAAAUCCAACAGCAGCAGCACCAGAUGCAGCUGCAGCACGAGCAGAUGCAGCAGCAGCAGCAGCAGAUGCAACAGCAGCAGCAGCAGAUCCGGCAGCAGAUCCAGGAGAUGAGGCAGCAGCAGCAGCAGUUGCAGCAGCAACAUCAGCAGAUCCAGCAGCAACAUCAGCAGAUGCAGAGGCAGCACCAACAAAUGCAGCAGCAGCUAAAAAUGCAGAUGUCACUGCCGCCGCCUCCCACUGGCUAUCCAACCAUUUCCCUACAACAGAUCCAUCUUCUUCCUUCAAUCCCUCCUCCCACCACUGUGCCUGAGCUGGACAGGGGGGACCACACACACACGCUGAAGCCAACUCUUCCACGGACGUUACCUCCUUCCUUCAGCGACACAGAUGGAGCUGUGGAGAUUCAGAUGAGGAAGGUAAACCCCCCACCUCCGUACCCAGGGACCGUGGUGUCUGCGGCAGCGGCUACAGCAGCUGCUGCUCCUCAAACGUUCAUAACAAACUGUGACAGCCCAAGUGUCCUGGCUCCCGAUCCCUGCCUCAAGAAAGACGAAUUUUUGCUUCACCCAGUCACUUUGCAAUACCCAACACCUCUGGGGUAUGAACGGAUCACCACUUUUGACAGCAGUGGCAAUGUAGAGGAGGUGUGUCGCCCACGGAGACGCCUCAUUCGCAAUCAGAAUGCAUACUCUGUUCAUGGCAUUGGAGGUUCGGCAACUCUUAAAGUCACUUCCACUGAAAAUAAAAAAAUUCAAUUACCAUACAGCUCAGCCACAUUGAGUCGUCUGUCUGUCCCUCGGUAUUCUAUACCAAGUGGAGACCCUCCUCCAUACCCAGAUCCAGCCAAUCAGGUAACUGCUACUCUUCCUCCGCCUCCUCAGAAAAUCGACAGCAGUCUGAUUCAUGCAACUCUACGUCGUGAGCACAGAGAUGUGGGACUCAAAGUGCCACAGAUGAUGGACAGCUCGAGAACUUUGCCCACCAAGGCGAAAAUGAACAGCGCGUUGUCGCUUUCCUACCAGCAGAGGGUGCCCACUGCGUUGUACACGUGCACACAGUGCAGCAGUAACAGCAGUAGCACCAGUGUCAGUGUAACCGGAGGGGGGACUACAAGUAGUGGCAUCGCAGGCGGCACGGUGGUAAGGCAAGACUUCCCACCAGGCAAAGGGGCUCAUCACAGCACCAUCAUAGUGCACUCCAAAAGUGCCUCGCCGCUGGCGUCUCAGUCGUCUUACAGCCUACUGGGAGCGGUAGAUAACAGCCGGGACAGAACAGUGUAUGUAAACUCUGCGUUUACUGAAGACGAGACGCUAAAUCAGCAGUGUCACCUUGAGAAAUCUGUUCGCCAGUUGAAUCUGGGCGAUGGCAGUAUGACAGUCAAACGCCCUCCGCCUUAUCAGUGGGACACCUCCACUGCAGAGGACUUCUGGCUUACUCCAGAGCAGACGAUGUUAGCCCCGCCACCAGGAAAUCCUAAACCACCCCCUCUCAUUAUCAGUCAGGCUCAGCACUUGGAUGUUUCUCGGCUUCCUUUUGUCCUCACAACGAAGCCUCCAACCAGUCUGAACACAAGCACUCUUACUUUCCCAUCAGGAUACCAGAUAUCCCUCUCACCUUUCCCCCCAGGUGUGGGUCACAGUGGACCUCCACUCCAGACCCUACAGAACCCUCCACCACAGUGUCCCCCAAAUGAAGUAGUCACCUCGGUAUCCUUUGCCCAACAGGAUCCUAGUUUGGUCUUACCACCAGGGUACCCUCCAAACUUGGCUAACUUGGCUUGCUGUCCUCUCCCUCCAUUGUAUCCUGGAGCUAGCUCAUGUGCUGGACUUCAGCUUCACCCUGUCAGUUUACAUCCUUGGAAUCCUUACCCCUGUCCACCACCAAUGCAAGAUCCUCCAGCUCCUCCCCUGCCGACCAAAACUCAUCAGAUUUUAGAAAAGCCUCUACUCUCCCCACCUCCUCCCACUGCUCCACCUCCACCACCUCCACUACCACCUCCUCCCCCGCCCACUGAGUUGAUUCCAUCCAAAAGUGCCACAGAAGACCAAGCAGAUUCUGCUAGCAAUUUUCCCGAGCCGUCAUCCCUUAAUGAAAGCCCCGUUCCUCAGGAGUCGGAACGCUACAGCAAGAAGAGCCGCAAAAGGCUCGACAGCAGGGCAGAGGAGGGCAACAUGCCCACAGUCUCUGAGAGCAGAUCCAGAAAGGAAGGGCGGGCGCUCUCUGACUUCAACACCCUCAUAUCCAGCCCAAGGCUCGGCAGUAGAGAGAAGAAGAAGCCCAAGGGGCAGAGAGAGCAACUCAGUAAGACUAAGAAAAUGAGCAGGACAACGAACGAGUUCCAGGACAGCUCAGAAAGUGAACCAGAGCUGUUUAUUAGUGGCGACGAGCUCAUGAACCAGAAUCAGAGUAGCAAAAAGAGCUGGAAGAACAAGAGGAGCCUGCGUAUGGCAAGUGAGCUGGAAGAGAUUAAGUGCCGCAAGGCCAACGAAAGAGAGGACCGCAGUUUAGGUAUCCAAGGGUUUGUCUAUGUCAUGGCCAAUAAGCAGCCGCUCUGGAACGAGGCUACGCAGGUCUAUCAGCUUGACUUUGGCGGUCGGGUCACUCAGGAGUCAGCAAAAAAUUUUCAGAUAGAGCUGGAUGGCAGGCAGGUGAUGCAGUUUGGGCGAAUAGACGGGAACGCUUACAUCCUGGAUUUCCAGUACCCUUUCUCAGCCGUGCAGGCGUUUGCUGUCGCCUUGGCCAAUGUGACUCAAAGACUGAAAUGAAGAGUGGUUUUGCCGGUGUUGUUGUUCUGUACUGGUAUUAGACUCUGAUACUCGGGACUGAGACACACUUAUUAGUUUUUUUUCCCUGAUUUUUUUUAUUUUUUAUUUUUUUUAUUUGGCUGUUCACAUACUUGUGAUUCACAGUUAGUAUCAAAAGCAAAGUCAGCUUGUCAAGUACUGAUGGAAGCAGUUUAUCAAGAACUUUGACUUAAUGCUGUUGUUCAGAAAUAUAAUUUAGAAUAAAUAUUAUAAAUAAAUAUGUCUUUACAUAAUUGAUAUUAAUUUUGAAUUAAACAAAUGCAAUUUCUGAGGAUAGAUAGAAUUUAGAAUACAUUGCCUCUAAGCCAUACCAUAGGAUAUCUAAAACAAAUAUUGCACUUUUUAAAAUUUAUUUAAAAGGAAUCCAGUAAAGAAGACUGGUUUUACUAUUCGUUGUUUUUAGGAUUUUGCUCACUUUGCUGUUUCAAAUCUCAUUCCAGGCCAGGAUUAGGCGAGAUUUGUUUAAUUUUUUCUGCAAUAUUCUUUCAAUGAGUGAGUCAUUGCAUCUGAAAGACUUGAGCAAAGUUUGGCAUUGUAUUUAUGUUACUUCUAUGAAGUGAUGCAAUGAGCGUUAAAAUCCAUCUUUUGGCAAAAAUAUUACAAUUUGAUUCAGUGAGGCAGUAAUAUUUCAUCGAGGCUUGCAUUUUACAUUUGUACAUUUAGUUAUAUUUCGUGUAAUUCUAUAUCCCAAACACUGUUUUUGUUUACAGAAAUCCUCCCGUUGCUGGUUGAUUAAGUAUUUGAGUGCCAUAUGUAAGCUAAAGUGAAAUCUUACUCUUUUUUUUCUUUUCUUUUUUUUGCUGGGUGUUUAUGAUGCUACUUGAAUCCUGCAUUUGAAUGUGAAGUGCUGUAGUUUCACUAUUUGGAAAUCAGUGCUGCUUUGAAUAGAUAGAGCUUUUGUGCAAUAAUCCUACCUACACAGAACUGAUGUUGUAAUUGCAAAGGAAAACAUAAAGCCGCUUGCCACACUGUGGAUUUAGCAAGUGACCUGCGUUUAGAUAAGAAGUGCUUAUACGUUGCUAACAUUUUUUUUUUCUUUUGUUUUUACUUACCAAAUAUUUUGUGAUGUUACAUCUGUAGACAAAAAAAAAAGAAAAUAAUUUUGCUAAAGUGUAUUUAUAAGUUGUUGCAGUGAGCUGUAGGAGUGAGAUUCAUGUAAAUUUGGUGCUAAUGUAUAAAAAAGCUAAAUUAUUAUUGAAUGUUUGUUUCAAAUUACUUUAAGGGGAAAGCCUUGGCGAGCAACAAGAAGUGCAAUGAUUUCAUUUUACAAUGCUUUUUCCCCUCUGUGCAACUUUAAAGACAGUGUUCGCCAGUCAUCAGCAGUACUGCCUAAUGAAGAGUUUGCAGCCAGAUUCUAUUUCUGUUAUUCUGUGACGAAAAGAAAAGAAAUGUAGGUUUGUGAAGACCUAUGGGCUAGCCAAAAUGUAAUAAAAUCUAUUUAUCUGCAAUGUUAUUGCUGCAGUUU